GGAUGAUGAUGAAUCAAAUAUGAUGGCAAAAUUAAAAGCUGAAAACAUACCUUAUCAUAUUAUGUAUUUAUUCAUUGUCAAAAAUCAACAAUGUACAAGUUUAGCCAAGACGGGUAAUUCUGAUGAAAGUGCAAAGUUGGAAGAUCAGGUGACCAAUAAAAGAUUUCAACAUAGUUGUUGUGAGUGGAUAGCUGGAAUUAUCAAUUGUGCUUGGGAGAUGCUUGAUGGAGUUAAACAGUUGGACAUAUUGGAAAUAACAAGAGCAAUCUCUGCUGAAAUUGAAAACUCUUAA